AUGAUAAACUUUCGUGGAUCUGGAUACUGGAUCUUGCGUGGUCGAGAGUGCAUCAAGGGUGUUGUGCGUGGAUGUAUCAAAUGCAAGAAAUUUGAAGGUAAAGCUUUCCCAGCAGCGAAGGAAGCAUGUUUGCCAUCAAGUCGAGUAAGCGAAGAGCCUCCCUUUUCAAACACCGGUAUUGACUUUGCAGGCCCCUCAUACGCUACUAACAAUCAAAGAAUGGAUAAGGUAUAUAUCUGUUUGUUCACUUGUGCUUCCACUCGAGCUGUUCAUCUUGAACUUGUUUGUUAUUUGUCUGUGCUAUCGUUUCUGCAAGCUUUCCGAAGGUUUGUCUCACGAAGAGGUUUGCCGUCUAGAAUAAUAUCAGACAAUGCCAAGACCUUCAAAAGUGCCUCAAGGGAAGUUACUAAUAUACUGAGAUCAACUGACAUACAACGCGAACUGGCUUCCAAGGGUGUCAAUUGGGAAUUUAUCAUUGAAAAGGCACCUUGGCAAGGAGGAUUCUACGAACGAGUGAUACAAAGUACAAAGAGAUGUUUAAAGAAAACUCUCGGUCGAUCCUCAAUGGAUUUUGAAGCGCUUAGAACCAUUUUGGUAGAAAUUGAGGCUACCAUUAACAAUCGUCCACUUACAUAUAUCUAUGAUGACCAAGAAGGAAUUUCUUACCCUCUGACUCCAUCUCAAUUAAUAUACGGACGGCAAAUUACUCUUACGGCUAGUUAUCGACAAUUUGAAAUCAUCAGUACGAAUCGAACUCUAUCCAGAAAGGCGAAAUAUCAGAAACGUUUGUUAGAUCAAUUUAUUAAUCGUUGGAGAACGGAAUAUCUUUUAAGCGUCAGAGAGACUUCACGCUUACUUCAUGGAGCACAGAAAGAAGAUAGCUGUCGGUGA